AGCUGAUAGUUUACCUUUUGCCGCUCUUUCGUUGGAAAACAACGCUUUCUUGUUUGCAAUUUGUUUAUUGUAGAAAAUAUUAAAUAAAAUGACAAACCGCGACGAACUUAGUGCAGCAGCGAAACAGAAAUUCGUAGAAGCAGCUACACGAUCGACAAAUCCUUUAGAUUCUCUGUCCUACAGUAGUUUUACAUCGCCCAGUGGAGAAAAGUUCAAAUUGAUAUGCCGCACCAAGAAUGAUUUGGACGCCAAGACCAUAAAAUGGGCAUGUAAACUAGCUGAACAGAAUGUGAGCCCAUUCUAUAAGCAAACAAAGAUCGGAUGGCAACCAAAGAUCAAGCAGGCCGAGCACAAUAAAGCCUGGGCACGUUACCUGGUGGCGCAGAAUGAGAAAAAUGAAAAUGUAGCCUACGCUAUGUUUCGUUUCGACUUGGACAACGGAGAUUGUGUGCUUUACUGUUACGAAAUGCAAGUGGCAUCGAAUUAUCAACGCAAAGGUUUGGGCAGGUUCAUUAUGAAAUUACUCGAGGAUUGCGCACGACAUUGGCAUCUGGAGAAAAUCAUACUGACUGUACUUAACAAUAAUGAGAAUUCCAAGUUGUUUUUCAAUGCUUUGGACUAUCACAAAGAUGAGACCUCACCUGAUGUCUUGGAAGAGGCUGACUAUGAGAUUCUAAGCAAAUCUACUUUAAGUUAAGUUUUCACACACUUUUUAUUGCAUAAAUUUAUUUCAACAAA